UAGCAUGUCAGCUAGAAGAACUUGCAAUUUUUUGUAAUUUAUAUAAAUUUUUAUUGGAAAUUGAUUGGUUGAAAUAAUGAAUAUUCGAUAGUUUGUAGGAUCCUGAAAAAGAUUUGAUUUUUAAUAAAGUAUUUUGGAGGUUUCACAAUGUCUACGAACAACCGUCGUUCUAUAGCAUCCCAAUUUUUUGCUGAAGAAGAUUCUGAUACAAGCCAAGCUAACGCUAAACAGAUUAGUACCGCAGACAAGGUUGUUGAAUUGAUCAAUGAAACUCAGCUUUUGACCAAAGACUCGCAAAAGAUAAACAAUUUGAAGCAAGUGCAGGAGUUAAUUGUCAAUAAGGAUCCUAAUUUACUUGACAAUUUUCUUGAUGAGGUUCUUCAGUUUCAGAAUGACAAAUCUGCAGAUGUUAGGAAAUUUGUAGUUGGCUUCAUAGAGGAAGCCUGUAAAAAGGACAAUGAAUUACUUGUUACUGUUGUAAUGCACUUAAACAUGAUUUUAAGUGAUCCGGCUCAGAAUGUAGCAGUCCUCAAGAGGGUUAUAUUGUGCAAUGCGCAACUCUACCGAGUGGCAAUGAAGUGGAUUUUAAAAUCAAAAACCAUACAAGAGGAGAAGGAAGCCAUGUGGCAGAAUUUUAAAGAUAUGAAGUCCAAGAUAAAGGCAAUGUUAGAUUCAGAAAAUGAUGGUGUUCGUACACAUGCCAUUAAAUUCAUGGAGAUGUUGAUUGUUACAUCAUCUCCAAGAACUGCAGAUUCAGAUGUUCCAAAAAGAAUGGAAAAUGAGAUAUCCCUUGACCAGAUUCCUGAAGACCACCAAAUUUUGAAGCACCGUUAUAUAAAGGCUGAUGGACUGAACGGCAUGGACCUGCUACUGAAACUGAUGGCUACGCCAAGUAUUACAAGUGUGAAUCUGAUAGCGUGUAUGGGGACAGUGACCUCCAUCUGUAAGCAAAGACCUAUGUUUAUGAAAAAUGUUACAGAAAGUUUAGAAGCUCUACAUGCAAACCUGCCCCCAACGUUAGCCAAGUCUCAGGUCAGCAGUGUACGCAAGAAUCUAAAACUUCACCUAUUUUCUAUACUACGGCAUCCAUCUUCAGAGACUUUUCAUCCUCGCAUUAUAACACUCUUACAAGAUCUCGGUGCAAGUGAUCAUGAGAUAACAGUACUAGGAGGAUCUAGUGGCUCAAGUGAAAACUUCCGACAACCCUCGCAAUUUGCAGUACCAAAAGGAAUGAAGCGAAUCAGACAAUUUAAACUCUCAGAAGUGACAAAGCCUAUCAGUGCCAGCCUGCAGGAAAGAAUGAUGACGAUGGCAUUACAACGAAUACUGGAUUCUGGGAAAAAUCUUAAAGGACCAGCAUCACAAGCUAGGAAUAAAAUGAUUGUUCUUCUAACAACACAAUUUGGAGGAGAACUAGUUAAUGUUUUGCAAGAUUACAUAUUGUCUGACCUUCGGGUACAUAUUGACCUGGCAUUUGCGUGGUUGUACCAGGAGUAUGCCAAGUACAGAGGCUAUAUGCUGCUUCUCGCGGAUGAAAUGCCCUCUCUUGAGCAAUAUGAUUCACUACUUUGCAAUAUAUUAGCGAGUUUAUUGGUACGAGAUGAUCAAAGAGAUGGUGUGUUUGCACGACUGGGCUUGGAGUCACCGCUUAUCACACCAAAUGCCUUGAAGAUUAUCAAACGAUUCUGUGAACAUGAGGUUCAUUUUUUUGUUGGUUUGCAAACACUACGUGAUAUUAUACUAAAGAGACCUGCAAACAUGGAACGGUAUCUGGACAAUAUGCUGGAACUCACAUGGAAUGAAAAGAUUGAAGUUAGAUCCCAGGCAACACAAUAUGUCAAGAGGUUCUAUGAGAAGCCCGACAUGAGGCAGCACAUUGAAAAUUAUGCAACUAAAAGCCUGCGACACUUGAAAAGUGAGAAGCCACCAGCAAGCCUAGUCCUCACCUUAUCGUCACCAGAGCAGCGAGUUGAAGCAAGUAAAACAUGGACUGAAGACACUGCCAAAAUAUGUCUCAAUGUAUAUCUGGCCCUUCUACCUAUUAACCAUAAGCUAAUCCAUGAAUUGGCUACUGUGUAUGUGGCGGCAUCAGCAACAAUCAAACGUGUCGUUUUACGUAACCUUGAAAGUCCUGUACGUGGCAUGGGCAUGUCAUCACCAGAGCUCUUAACACUCUUAGAAACAUCACCCAAAGGUGCUGAGACUCUCAUCACCAGAAUGCUACAUAUACUCACUGAUAAAGUGCCGCCAUCUCAGGACCUUGUCAGGAGAGUGCGUGAUUUGUACCAGAAACGCGUACCUGAUGUGCGUUUCCUAAUCCCCGUCUUGAUUGGCCUUGAGAAGAGUGAAGUAAUGGCAGCUCUUCCUAAACUUAUAAAACUGAAUCCAAACGUAGUUAAAGAAGUCUUCCACCGAUUACUUAUGAGUCACCAGGAAGGGGGCCUUGGUCAGAGCCCCCUCACACCUGCUGAACUUCUUGUAGCUUUGCACAACCUCGACAUGUCAAAGUGUGACAUGAAGUCUGUUAUUAAAGCUACAAGUUUGUGCUUCAGUCAGAAGAAUAUCUACACCCAGGAGGUGUUGGCAGUUGUAAUGCAGCAACUGAUGGAACAGACCCCGAUCCCUACCCUCUUGAUGCGGACAGUGAUCCAGUCCCUGAGCAUGUACCCCCGUCUCAUUGGUUUCGCAAUGAAUAUUUUGCAGCGGUUAAUAGUGAAGCAAGUGUGGCGGUACCCUAAAGUCUGGGAAGGCUUUAUCAAGUGUUGUGAGCGCACCAAACCCCAAUCAUUCCAAGUGUUACUUCAGUUACCACCAAGCCAGCUGACACUUAUGUUUGAGACCAGUCCAGAUCUUCGACUGCCAUUACUAGAACAUGUCAAAUCUUUUACACCACACCAG